AUGAUUUGCAUCCGUAAACACGCUAUAAUAGAUUAACAUUAUCUCCUAUUUAUCCAAGAUGGCAAUAUCUGCAUCGGAAAGGUACUUUGAAGUGUUAUUCUAGAAUUAUGUAAAUCCGAAAUAUGUAUUGCCCAUAAAUUUACAGUCAAAACUUGAAUGGAGUUUUGACAGAGAACAAUGUCGAUUUGAUGGGUUCACAAUUGAGUGGAAACAUUAGAAAAAACUAUUUAACAUGUCAGAUGAAGAUUGCAAGAGGUUAAAAUCUCUUAUUGAUGGAAAAAUACUAUACAAAGAAAUAAAUUCAUAAUAUUUUCCUAUUUAAAUUGUGGGGGAAGGGACUUUUGGCAAAGUAAACCUAAAAUGUUAUUGUUUCUAGGUUAUCAAAGUGGUUAGUCUAAUAGACAGAAAGGAGUAUGCAUGCAAAGUUAUGAAACUAAAUCAAAAGUUUUCAAAAAACGUAAUUAUGAAAUAUAUAUAAAUAGGAUAUAAUCUAUGAGUUGAUGACGAUGUAAUCAUUGAACCACGAGAAUAUCGUCAAGAUUAAGGAAGUUUACAGUUCAAAAUCUCACUUCUUCAUUAUUAUGGAUUAUUGUAGAGGAGGAACUCUUAGAGAAUAUAUGGCUCGCAGAACCUUGAAUCAGGAUCAAAUAGUUAUCAUAAUGAAGGUAAAAUGAAUUUUAAUUGUCUCUAGUAAAUUUUGAAUGCUCUCAUUUAUAUGAAUUCAAAAGGAUACAUCCAUAGAGAUAUUAAACCUGACAAUAUCCUAUUGAGAGAAGAGAAUAAUGUCUCCAGCAUACAAGUGUGUGAUUUCGGCUUUGCUGCAAGGGUUGAAGACAUCUUUAUUAAACAUCCAAAUUGUGGAACUCCUGGAUUUAUGGCCCCAGAAGUUAUCAAAUAUGACCAGACCAAAACAUACAAUGAAUAAUGUGAUGUUUUCAGUUGUGGAUCUUUGCUAUAUUCAAUGUAAAUUUAUUUUUAAAUUUAUAGAUUGACAGGAUAUAACCUUGAAGUCUAGAGUGAAGAAAGCGAAAUUUAUAAUAUAGAGGCUUAAGUUUAUGAAGAGAGACAAUUCACUUCAUGCAACAACUAAUUCAAGAAUAUUUUGCUUAAGAUGUUAGAAACUUGUCCUAAUCAAAGGAUAACUGCAAAGGACGCUCACAUAUACUUUGAAAAUUUUGAUUUAUACCUUCUAGAAGAAUAGAAUUCGCUUGAUGUAAUUCAACAAGUAAAGCAUAUUCCCAUCAAAAAGAAUGGCUUUAACUAGUUAUGA